CAAUGUUUUAUAAGUUAGUGUUUAUUUCAAACACGUGUUUUGAUUGCUAUUUAUUUGAUUUAUUAAAUCAAUGUUUGUGUGUCAGUGACCGCGUGACCACUGACCAGGGUAUCCAUCACCUCACACAUGUGCUCCCCAUGUGUUGCCCAUUCAAUCAUCACUUGCUUUAAUCGGGUCUUCAGUUAGCAUUGAAUUGAAAAACUUUUGAAACAUUUGUUUGAAUUAAUUUUGAGACCAAUUAAAGUGAUUGUAAGGAUGGAUGACAUGAGAAGAUAUGCCACUAUUGGUGAACAUGAGAUCAAUAAUACCACGACUACUGAUUAUCCGUCAAAUUACCGCGGAUUUGACGACAACUGGGAUUUCAAUCGUUUUAUCAAAAAUCUGAAGAUUUCGAUAAUCCGGAGCGAAGAGAAUGAGAUUGAAUUUGACUUAAUAGGAGUGGACUGUUCUCUGGCCAAUGCCUUCCGAAGAAUCCUCAUCUCAGAGGUGCCCUCAAUGGCCAUCGAGAAGGUGUUCGUCAACAACAACACGAGUCUAUUUCAAGACGAGUUUCUGGCGCACAGAUUAGACUUCCCGUGCGGACAGGACACGAUUGUCUUCAAUCUAUGCGUGAAAUGUGUUAAAAACAAAAGCGCGUCACAAGAGACCACUCUUCCUGAAGAGCUCUAUCAGAAUCGUAUGGUUUAUACCAAAGAUCUCGUGUGGGAACCAAUUGGCAAUCAUUCGGACAUUUUUAUCGACAAUCCUAUAAAACCUGUUGACGACGACAUACUUAUUGCAAAGUUAGCCGUCGGUCAGGAACUGGAUCUUCAGAUGCAUUGCGUGAAAGGCAUCGGUAGAGAUCACGCAAAGUUCUCUCCGGUGUCCACCGCUUCCUAUCGACUCUUACCUCAAAUCGAACUCUUGGAAGAAGUGGAGGGCGAAGACGCGGAACUGCUCCAGAAGUGCUUUUCUAAGGGAGUCAUAGAUAUUGUGGACAAAUCUAAGGGAAAACGAGUGGCAAAAGUAGUGAAUUCUCGGUUGGAUUCGGGCGGACGUAAUGUCUUUCGUUAUCCUCAUCUCAAAGACAAAGUAAAGAUGUCUUUAGUUAAGAAUCAUUUCAUUUUCACUGUGGAGUCGACGGGCGCUCUUCCGGCCCAUCAAUUGGUUUCUGAAGCCAUAGAGAUAUUGAUCGGAAAGUGUCGGCACUUCUUAGGAGAACUCGAAGAAUAUAAUAAGAAAUCAAAUUCAACUUAA